ACAUGCAUCUAGAAAAGUAGAAGUAGCAGCGAGAAUUCAGAUGAGAGAAAGAAAAUGUGAAGUAGCUUUGUUGUGAGAAGAGAAUAGAGAGAAAUCAGAGAUGGGUGGUGUUACAUCGUCAAUGGCGGCCAAGCUGGCAUUCUUUCCGCCGAAUCCACCGUCGUACAAGGUGGUGAAGGAGGGAGGGACGGGGAUGUUGAUGUUGGCGGCUUUUCGUCAGCGUGAGAACGUGCAAGUUGUGAAAUUUCGCACUCGGCGUGGAACUGAGGUUGUGGGUGUGUAUGUGGAACACCCCAUGGCUAAGUCCACAAUCCUUUACUCGCAUGGGAAUGCUGCUGAUAUUGGACAGAUGUAUGAGCUGUUCGUGGAGUUGAGUGAGCACUUGUGUGUUAAUCUUUUGGGAUACGAUUACUCUGGUUAUGGACAGUCAUCAGGGAAGCCAAGUGAGAAUAAUACUUAUGCUGACAUUGAAGCUGCUUAUAAGUAUCUUGAAGAGAACUAUGGUACUAAGCAGGAAGACAUUAUCCUUUAUGGUCAAUCUGUUGGAAGUGGGCCUACUUUGGACCUUGCUGUGCGCUUACCCCAACUAAGGGCUGUUGUUCUCCACAGUCCUAUACUAUCUGGGCUGAGAGUCAUGUACCCUGUGAAACGGACUUACUGGUUUGACAUUUACAAGAACAUUGAUAAAAUUCCCAUGGUGAAGUGUCCAGUGCUAGUAAUUCAUGGAACUGAUGAUGAGGUUGUUGAUUGCUCUCAUGGCAAGCAAUUGUGGGAACUUUGUCAACAGAAAUAUGAACCUUUAUGGCUCCAAGGAGGGAACCACUGCAAUCUAGAAAUCUAUCCAGAAUACCUUCAACAUCUCAAAAAAUUUGUAUCAACAAUAGAAAAGUCUCCAUCUCAAGGACUAAACUUUUGGAGAGGCAUAGAUAGAGUUCAAGAAGCCAGAAAAAGCAUUGAUUGUUUUGAAGCACCAAGGAUGAGUACUGAUAUGAGGGACAAACCAAGGAAAAGCACUGAUGGGAAAGAAAUACUGAAAUUUCAAGGGUACAAAUUCAGCAAUGUUGAAACAUUAGAGAAGUCAAGGAUCUCUUUUGACUAUGUGGAGAGAUCUCGAAGAAACACGGAGCACAAUGACAAAUCCAGGAAAAGCGUUGAUGUUCAUUUUGGGAGGGCUAGGAAGAGUCUUGAUUGGUUGGAUAGAACUCGAGCUCGCUGAAGCUCUUGAAGCAUUUGUAUAAUUGGCAAUAAUGGGUUUGGUAUAGGGAGAGAGAUAGUACAAAGAUACAUAGUUACUCACAUUGGGGGGGUUUAACUUAUCAUUUACAGGAUGCUAAUGUCGCUUUCGUAGCUUCAUAGGUUCUUUAUAGAUUUGGAUAUUUUGGGAUUUCAGGUGACUCUAACCUUGUUUUAGUCUUAAGAUAGAAAUGAAGCAAAUAAUUAAAGCCUAGAAGGGUGGCGAUUUAUUAUGACUUGUAAAAGUUAACAUGAUAAAAUCUUCCUUGUUCGUACCCAAACUCUGUUAAUUUCUAAAUUAGAUUUUCU